AUGGAGGGUAAUAAUAACCGUCUCUACCUCAACAUCGGUAACCAAGAUCGUCUGGGUCCCGGCGGCGACCGACAGUAUCCCACCACGCCUUCUACCUUUCCCCAACCCGUCUUCCCUCACCAAGGCCAACAGCAGCAGCAGCAGCAACAUCAACAGGCCGCCGGUAUGCAGCACCAACAGCAGCAAUACCAGGCGCAGCAGCAGCAACAGCCGCAUGCGACCGGUUACGCACAACAGGGCUACUUCCACCCGAACCAGCAGCAGGGCCAAUAUCCUCCCCAGGGCCACGGCGACUACAAUGCCGGCUAUCAGCCUCGAUCCAACACCCCGGGGACCAACGAUCCCAAUGUCGGUCUCGCCCACCAAUUCUCUCACCAAAACCUAGGCGGCGCUGCUCGGGCAUCGCCAUACGGUUCCCGCGGGCCCUCGCCCGCUCAAAGACCUCGCACUGCCGGUGCAGCGGGACAGACGCCUCAGGGUUACGGACACUAUGCGACGCCGCCGAUGCCAAACCAACAGGCAGUUCCCGUCGAGGUCUUUGCUCCCGCUCCCGAGCGACUCUACGAGAAGUACGGCCCGAACGCCAACAACAACCAGAAGAAGUGUACCCAAUUGGCCUCCGACUUCUUCAAGGACAGCGUGAAGCGUGCCAGAGAACGCAACCAGAGACAAUCCGAGAUGGAAGUCAAGCUUUCCGAGCCUGGCCAGAGCCAGCAAAGACGCGAGCAGAUCUGGUCCACGGCCGGUCGCAAGGAAGGCCAAUACCUGCGAUUCCUGCGAACCAAGGACAAGCCCGAAAACUACAACACCAUCAAGAUCAUCGGCAAGGGUGCUUUCGGUGAAGUCAAGCUGGUCCAGAAGAAGAACGACGGCAAGGUGUACGCAAUGAAGUCUCUGAUAAAGACGGAGAUGUUCAAGAAGGACCAACUCGCCCACGUCCGUUCUGAGAGAGAUAUUCUGGCCGAGUCAGACAGUCCCUGGGUCGUCAAGCUCUUCACGACUUUCCAGGACUCCUAUUUCCUGUACAUGUUGAUGGAGUUCUUGCCCGGAGGUGAUUUGAUGACCAUGCUGAUCAAGUACGAAAUCUUCUCUGAAGACAUCACACGCUUCUACAUUGCCGAGAUUGUGCUUGCGAUCGAGGCAGUCCAUAAGCUGGGCUUCAUUCACCGUGAUAUCAAACCCGACAACAUUCUGCUGGACCGCGGAGGUCACGUCAAGCUUACCGAUUUCGGACUUUCAACCGGCUUCAACCGCUUGCACGACAACAACUAUUACCAACAGCUGCUACAGGGCCGAUCUAACAAGCCGCGCGACCGUAACUCUGUUGCCAUUGAUCAAAUCAACCUCACUGUCAGCAACAGAUCCCAGAUCAACGACUGGCGUCGGUCGAGGAGACUGAUGGCUUACUCCACAGUCGGAACGCCUGAUUACAUUGCCCCCGAGAUCUUCACAGGCCACGGCUACACCUUUGACUGCGAUUGGUGGUCCCUGGGCACCAUUAUGUUUGAGUGUCUGGUUGGAUGGCCUCCUUUCUGCGCUGAGGACAGCCACGACACAUACCGCAAGAUUGUCAACUGGAGACAGACGCUGUACUUCCCUGAUGAUAUCCAGCUUGGCGUGGAAGCCGAGAACCUGAUUAGAAGCUUGAUCUGUAACACAGAGAACCGCUUGGGUCGCUCGGGCGCCCAUGAGAUCAAGCAGCACUCAUUCUUCAGAGGAGUUGAGUUCGACAGCCUGCGUCGCAUCAGAGCUCCUUUCGAGCCUCGCUUAACUUCGGCCAUCGAUACCACGUACUUCCCGACCGACGAGAUUGACCAGACUGAUAAUGCCACAAUUCUCAAGGCCCAGGCCGUUCAGCAAGCCCGCUCAGGUGUGCCGGCGGUGGUCGAGGAGUCUCCCGAAAUGAGCUUGCCCUUCAUUGGAUACACCUUCAAGCGGUUCGAUAACAACUUCCGAUAA